AUGGCAGCAAGUUGCUCGGCGUCCGGCUCAGCUGCAGGGGCGGCAGUCUAUUUGGCGGUGGAUUUUGAGGGGGGCAGUGACAACUGCAGCGACGUACAACCGUCAGUCGUAAGCGGCAUCUCCGGGUUUUCGAGUGCCGUCGAGUUUGCCGUGUUGCUGUCGAAAGAAGAGGGUUUCAUUACUGUGUUCAGCGACAGUGUGCGUUGUCAUUACUACUAUGGUCACCGGAUAGAGGACAAGGCGGAAAUAAGCUGUGAGGUCGGAAAACCCGAUGGCACGUGCGGGGUGUACAGCGAACAGAUGCGGCGGCUGUUCAUCGGCAUGGCAAACGGCGUCAUCACAGAGCUGAUCGUAUCUAACGACUGCAACAAGCUGUCUAAUAUCCGCGAAUACCCCUGUAAGACCGUCAACGAGUGUCGCAUUAUUGACCUUGUUCUUUUCACCCGGGCAGCGUGCACUGCCGCUCUGGCCGCCGUCUUCUUCUCCAUUACAUGCGAGCUGCUUUUGAGUACCGGUAAAGAUAAUUCGUUCGUCUGGCAGUUUGACUCCGAGUCGAAGUAUGUGUUCCUCGGUGAUUCGGCCGGAAACGUGUCUGUGUUUCGAUUUCGGGACAUGAACUGCGAAUUCGUUAGUCGUCUGAGUGCUCAUACAGGCAGUGUCUCAUCGCUUUCUUGGGACGCCGCACGCCAGUUGUUGUUCUCAGCUAGCCACGACAAACUCAUCAUCGUCUGGGAUAUCGGUUCGUGCAAAGGAACGGCGUUCGAGCUUAUGGGGCACAAGACGAAGAUUACUUCCUUGGCAUAUUCGCCGAGCAAGCUAAAACUUCUGUCCGCCGACGAAAGCGGUUGCGUGGUGUGUUGGGACAUGAAUAUUCAGAGACAAGAGACUCCAGAAUGGAAGACCAGUAACGUAUGUCAGUGCUGCGGGGACCCGUUUUUCUGGAACAUGAAAGACAUGUGGAACAAGAAAACCGUCGGCCUCAGACAACAUCACUGUCGUAUCUGUGGCAAAGCGGUGUGCGACAAGUGCUCACAGAAUCGUAUAAGAUAUCCGCCCAUGGGCUAUGAGCUGGCGGUACGAAUCUGUAUCGGUUGUUUUCGUGAAUACGGCAGUCGAACCUUCAAGUCACUCGCAAAAUUUUUCGACGCGAAACAUCGAAUAUUUGGAAUACACUUCAACGACACCGAAGACUACCUUUUGACUGCCGGCACCAAUUCCGUUGACGUAAGCAGAUGAAU